CCCCCCCCCCCCUGCCCGAAACUGUACUCCAUACGGGUGAGUUACUCCAUACAAGAUCUACGCGGUCGAGACUACUACAUAUCCCAUCUUCACCCUCUCGCGCGCGAGAGUUGACCUUCUCCUUCUCAACAUGUCAACUACCACCAAAAUGAGAAGUCGACCACAAGUCUACCCUGGACUUGCCUUCCACGUCAUUCGAGCAAUCGCGUUCGUCAGUGCCACCAUCGUUUCUGGUAUCUUGAUUUAUUUCUGUAUACAAUUGAAGCAUGACGGUUUCAAAUUACCAUGGACAUUUAUCGUGAUCCUCCUAUCUUCCCUCCUCUCCCUCUUGGCCUUGUUGGUUACCUCGGUCAUCUACGCCGUCGCCUUCCUCAACCCCCUCCUGAACCUCAUCUCAAACUCUUCGGUUUUGUUGGUGUGGACGGUCGGCAUCGCCCUGUUGACUUACAACAUGUACGGAACCCUGGGUCACUCUUGUUCCAGGUCGAACUGGGCCAACGACGACGGGAUGAUGAUCUGUCGUACCUACAAGGCGUUUUAUUCUUUCAACAUCUUUGGGUGGUUGGCUCAAGUGGCCUUGAUCAUUCUCGACGUCAGGAGUCGCAGGAAACAAACGGCACAGGGUCGUUAUAACAAGAUGAUGGCGGCCAACGCCGCGGCGGACGACAAGGAUCUCGUCAGGUUGAACCAACUGGAUCCCUACAACCCUUACGGUAGUGCGGUCACCGGCGUCGCCGGAGUAGGGGGAGAGGGAAGACCGGAUGAUGCGACGGGUGCGACGAGAGCUCGGUCAGACACGACGCAAUCACUUUCGCAGUCACAACCGUUGUACCAUUCACGAUCACACAGUCAGGACGACGUACCGUACGGCGUGACGGGUUAUUCGAGACAAAUGUACAGCAGACCGACACCCGCUCGAGCCCCUGCACCGACGUACUCGAAUUCGAAUUCGACUUCGGCGUACAAUGGGGGUUACAAUUACAACGACCCCAGUUACGACGACACCAACAGUUACAAUCACAAUUACAAUUCGGGAUAUGGACAACAGGGACAGAUGAGAAUGGAUCAUUUCAACAACUCCGGAACAGGUGGUGGAUCGUGGCACCCUCAAAGUUACUCGAAUGGUGGUUAUGGAUAUGGACCACAACGAUGAAAAAUAAAUUAAAUUAAAAACAAAAGGGAUACCCUUUUGUAAGAGAUGAACAAAAUAAAAUCAGAUGUGAUGAUAAUCAAAAUGAUACCUGGUAUGAAAUGAAC